CCGGACAGUUUAUAGGCGUUCACAUUAAGUGCCGAGCGACUAAAAGAAGGUGUGCGUUUUCGAGGACGAGAAUACCGGCCUCGUUUUUGGUAAUCGCCGCCAUAUUGAUGUGUUUCCAUUCCCGACAUCAUAACUAAGUCGUCAGCUGUUUAAACAGCCUACGCCAAGGCGAGAAAUAACAUGCUGCCUACGUCACAACUGGAUAUUUGCCUUGGUGGUGGUGACAGGGGGGAUUUGUUACAGAGGUCUUAUGAGGAUGAGGAUUACUUCCACUCCUCUUACUCUUUUCACCCCGAAACACGAAACCAUUCGAGUCAAACCACUGGUUCGAAUAGUGCAAGCUAGCCACUGAUAAGCUAGUUCGGGUUCAGCACAGCAAGAGCCGAGUGGAAGGGAGGCUCAAAUCGGCUCAAUGGACAAGCUUUGUUUUGGUUUCACUCAGAACUAGUUCGGAAUCAUCCUGCACAUGCGCAUAUUACAAAACGCGUUUUGGUUUUUUCAGAAUCGUAAUCGAACUGUGUUGACAGUGUUUUGGUUUAUCUAGAACUUUUUGAGAACAAUUCUGGGAUUGUUCUAGAACGGUUCUCUCAGUUCUUGCUCUGAAGGAGGAACUGUUUUAGAAUUUUGUGUUUUGGUUUUUUUGGUUCCGAAUUGGUUCAGAACUAGUAUUAGAACAGUCCUCUAUUAUUUUUUGUGCGCAAGCAGUUCUGCGCAAUUCCAGAAGCGUUCCAAGUUUCGAACCAAAACAAAGCUAAUUGACAAUCCUGAAUUGUUCCAAACUGGUUCAGAGUGUGUUCCGCGAACAAACUUAAAAAUUACGUAUUUUUUAGGUUAGGUGACUCUGUGACAUAACAUCAACAAAAGAAAAUUAUUGCAGGUUUUGCUGGUUUUUCCAUUUUCCGCAAUGAUCAAGUAAGUCAAUUCAAACAAGUGAAAAACAAAUACGGUUUUCACUUGACACAAACAGUCACAAUAAAAAAUGAUCUCAGCAAUGAAGUUUACCCCCAAAACAAUUAAAUCGUUUGCCAUUAAAGCAGGCAUCGCGGCUUCAGCAGUAUAUUAUAUCAAAGAACAAGGAAUUUGGAAAGACAGCGAUGCAGCUAUUGCAACUGGGAACAGGCUUAAGGCAACACUGAAUCCUUAUGUAGAGGAAAUCAAAGCUCAAAUACCAGUGGAGCUGCCCCAUGUCCCUGAAACAGAGAAUAUAGGCCAGCUACUACAAGAAUAUUGGAACUGCGGUGUCCGGUCAGCUUUCCAAUUUUUAAUAAAAGUACCAGACUAUUCAAGAGAAUAUACCAAAAAAGGUGUGGACGCUUUAAUGGGAAAUGAAGAAAUUAAAAACUUUGUGGGAUCGUUUUCUGGUGGCGAACAACCCAAGACUGUAGCAAAAUAGCAAUUUGAAUAGAGAUUAUUAAAUUGCAUGUAAAUAUAUUAAUUAAUAAAUUGAAUUGUUAAAAAAAAAUUAAAAACGUAUUGGCCCAUGAGGGGAUCGAACCCGCGACCUUCGCGUUAUUAGCACGACGCUCUAACCAACUGAGCUAAUGGGCCAUGUUCUUCA